CAGACAGGGGAUUCGCUGUCAAGAGGGUGGAUGCCCAGAGCUGGAAAUGACCUAGAGGCCUUACAGAUACAUUUGUGCUUUUGUCGCUCUAAUCUGCAUCCGUGGAGAGCAGCGAGAUCUGGAAGCACAGUUGUUUCCGCGCCUCUCGACACAGCGUACUGAGAUGAGCCUGUGGCAGGUGGAACCCUCAAGCUGUCUUUUUACAUAACCUGAACAGUUCCACAACACUUGGGUUGGGUCUUUUGUUUUGGGAAGAGCAGGAAAGGUUGUGGCUGACCCCUCCAAAAACAAACUAACCCAAAACGAAACAGGAGCUUCCGGUGCCGUUGCACCACUUAUGUAUUGUUGUAGUGCGCAGGAGAGUAAAAUGGACUACAAGCGUCGCUUUUUGCUCGGCGGGUCCAAGCAGAAAGUGCAACAGCACCAGCAGUACCAGAUGCCUGAGCUGAGCCGGACCCUCAGCGCCCCUUUGGCCACUUCUUGCUCGGCCUCUGCACCCAUGGGCACCGGGGUGGGCAUGCCUGGCAGCUGCCAUCCCCCUCCUUCUGGCGCGACCACUGCUGUCGCCGACAUCCAGCAGGGCAUAUCCAAGUACUUGGAUGCCCUCAACGUGUUCUGCCGGGCCAGCGCCUUCCUCACAGACCUGUUCAGCAGCGUGUUCAGGAACUCUCACUACUCCAAAGCAGCUAUGCAACUGAAGGACGUGCAGGAACACGUCAUGGAGGCGGCCAGCCGGCUGACUGCAGCAAUAAAGCCUGAGAUCGCCAAGAUGCUGAUGGAGCUGAGCGCUGGGGCUGCCAACUUCAAAGACCAGAACGACUUCAGCCUGCAGGAUGUGGAGGUGCUGGGCCGGUGCUUCCUCACGGUGAUGCAGGUCCAUUUCCAGUUUCUAUCACAGGCCUUGCAGAAGGUGCAGCCUGUGGCCCAGUCCUGCCUAGCAGAGGCGCUGGCUCAGGCCCAGGAACGCCGAACCAACGCCCGCUCCCAAAGCACCGGUCCCGGGCCCCUCACAGAGCUCGAGGAGGCCUCCCGCUCAUGGAAGGGAGCAGCCGAGGCAACGGCCAGGCUGAGGGAGAGGGGCCGGGACGGCUGCCUGGCAGGCAUCCAGGUUCAGCAGCUCUUCUGCUCCAAUAAUACCACCAUUCCUGAGCACCAGCUGAAGGAGCUCAAUGUGAAAAUUGACAACGCUUUACAGGCCUAUAAAGCAGCACUAGAGAGCCUUGGCCACAGUGAGUAUGCACUGAAGGCUGGCUUUCAUCUGAACCCCAAAUCUGUGGAGGCAGCCUUACAGGGCUGCUGCAGCGAGGCGGAGGCCCAGCAGGCGGGUAGGAUGCAGACGACCUCCCAGCCCAUCCAGUGCGAGCUGCCCACCAUCCCUGUGCAGAUUGGCUCCCACUUCCUCAAAGGAGUCUCCUUCAACGAGUCAGCGGCUGAGAACCUCAAACUGAAAACGCACACCAUGCUGCAGCUCAUUAAGGAGGCACUGGGCCAGAACGGUGUGACCCCCAGGGACGACUCCCCCGUCACUGAGGUCCUCAACCAAGUCUGCCCAUCCAGCUGGAGAGGAGCCUGCAAGACUGCCGUCCAGCUGCUCUUUGCCCAGGCGGGACUGGUGGUUGUUGAUACAGCUCAGAUUGAGAACAAGGAGGCCUACGCUCCGCAGAUCACUCUGGAGGGAUCCAAGGUGGUGGUUCAGGUUCCCUCUACCUGGUGUUUGAAGGAGGACCCAGCUACCAUGUCCCUGCUUCAACGUAGCCUGGAUCCAGAGAAGACACUGGGUCUAGUGGACGUGCUCUACACAGCGGUCUUUGACAUUAACAGAUGGAAGGAGAGAAAGGAGCAAGCUCUACCCACCAUUCAGAUGCAGUUGCAGCGGGAGAUCCCAGACUAUGGGGGCCAGGCAGACAUGCCCCCAGGCACCAGUUCCAAAACCUCAAGCGGCUUGCCCAAAACCAUCUCCAAACUGACUUCCAAGUUCACCAAGAAGGCAUCAUCCAGCUCUGGCAGCGGGGGCAGUUACUCCAUCCCUAGUACCCCGUCGCGCAGCAUUCUGACAGCCAGUAGCUCCGAGGACAAGGCGAAGAGCUUGUGCCACAGUGACGGGAGGCUGCAGAGUAUCCUGCAAAUGGGCAGCCUGUCCUGCACUCCGGACCCUGCCCAGCAGAACCAGUUGGCCAAUGGCUGCGUGUCCGACGACCAGGGGAUGAACCUGCCCACCGACCAAGAGAUGCAGGAUGUCAUCGACUUUCUCUCAGGUUUCAACAUGGGCAAGUCCCAGCAGGCCUCUCCACUGGUCAAGAGGAGGAACUCUGUGGCGUCUGCUAACCCUGCCGAGCUGAAGCCCCCCAGUGGAGCUCCACCAACUUCCCAGGCUGUCUCUCACGGUGCCCUGCAGCCCCUGUCCCAAACCCUGGCCCAGCCUCCACCCCAAACUCAGCCCCAGCCCCAGCCUCAGCCCCAGCCCCAGCCUCCACUGCCAGUACAGAAGCAGCAGCCUCAACCGCAGCCACCUCCUCCACCGCAACAGCAGCCACAGCAGCAGCAACAACCCCCUCCUCCACCACAGCAGCCCUCUCCUCAGGCCCUGCAGUACUACCAGCACCUCCUGCAGCCCAUCAGUCAGCAGCAGCCACCUCCACCUCCACAGCUUCCUCCUCAGCAGCCCCCACCCCAGGCCCUACCCCAGCAGAGAGUGGCAAGCAAGUGGCUCGGCACCUCGGGGCAGCAGCCUCCCCCGCAAGGUCCACCGGCAGGUCUGUCACCACUGGGCCCCAUUGGGCAGUGGAGCUCCCCUGGACUCCCGGAUCUGAGUUCAGACCUCUACAGUUUGGGUCUCGUGAGCACCUACAUGGACAGUGUCAUGUCGGAAAUGCUGGGCCAGAAACCCCAGGGGCCCCGCAAUAACACUUGGCCCAACAGGGACCAGAGUGAAGGGGUGUUUGGAGUUCUGGGAGACACGCUCCCCUUCGACCCUGCAGUUGGCUCUGACCCGGAGUUUGCGCGUUAUGUCGCUGGUGUCAGCCAGGCCAUGCAGCAGAAACGGCAGGUGCAGCACAUCCGUCGCCCCAGCAACACCCGCAGCAACUGGCCAAUCCCUGAUGAGCAACACAGGACCUGGUCCCACCCAGAGUACUACAGCGAGGGGGAGGCGGUAAACAGCAGCUGGUCAGCCAAUCAGGGGGACUCGGCCAGCUCCAGCGAUGAGACGUCCUCAGCCAAUGGAGACAGCCUGUUCUCCAUGUUCUCCGGGCCGGACCUUGUAGCUGCAGUGAAACAAAGGAGAAAACACAGCUGUGGUGAGCAAGAGGUGUGCACCCUGCCCUCACCACCACUCCAUCACAUAGGGGAUGAUAACCAGGACAGUAAAACUAAGACCUGGCCUCCCAAAGCGCCGUGGCAACACUCCACACACACCAACACCAUGCCCAAUCCCAGCUCUUCCUUGUACCAGAUGAACAUCCCUCCCUCCUCCCAGUGGAGCGACUCCAUGCAGAUGCUGCAGUCUCCAGUGUGGUCCACCGCCAGCGACUGCUCCCCCUCCACGGGCAUCUCCUCGGGCUUUCCCUUCACCCAGCAGCAGCAGCAGCAGCAACAGCAGCAGCACAAACCCAUGACCAAGGGCUUCAAAUCCUUCCCCCUCAAACACGAGCACAGGCCCUCCUACCUUCACCAGUACUGACCAUCAGAUGUUGGGACCUGUAGCUCCGUUUGAUUGGCCACCAAGUGAGCUGGGCUGCAGCCGUCACCAUCCACAUUCACAGAAUUGGAAGAUUUCAGCUUUGGGGUGUGCUCCCCGGAGGCAAAAUUAAGUAUACACACUGGCUCGACAUUUUGUAUCUAUAUUUUUCCAUGUCAGACAUCCCCAUUUGGAAAAAAAAAGCAACAUAUUUUGAACUUUUUUGAACUGCCAUCUUUUAACUACAAGCGAUGCAUGCAUCAUGCCGGCAGCAGUUAGUCUAACGGUCAUUUUUCUGUCUGUCGUCUCCUCAGAGGAGAGCUAGAGACACGCAUGGCCGUCACCCACUUAGCUUCUGCAGCUGAAAGUGUGUGCGCGCGAGCGUGUGUGUGUGUGUGUGUGUGUGUGUGUGUGUGUGUGUGUGUGUGUGUGUGUGUGUGUGUGUGUGUGUGUGUGUGUGUGUGUGUGUGUAUGUGUGUGUGUGUGUGUGUGUGUGUGUCAAGGAGGGGACGAUAAGGGGGCAAGGGCUUGAAAUGCUCUAGUUUUGCCCAUAAUAAAUAUACUGUGUCACAUAGCUGUAACUGCCAAAUCUCACGCAAGAUGACUCAGAAUACAGCUACCAUCUACUGUUUCAUAGCUUGUAAAUUACUGAAGUUGAAAUAUAAAUAUUUAGUUCUUUUUAUUAAGAGGCUUUGAGCAGGCUCAGCAUAAAUAUAGUAAGUCGUCGCAGAGGUGUAAUUUGAGAGAAGAAAUACACUACUUUUUCAACAACUGACAGGAGCUAAGAAUUAUAGCAGUUAACUAUGUGCCAUGUUGGUAUUGAUAGCACUUGCAGAAUAUUAUUUUCCAACCAAAGCGUUGUUCAGAAGAUGAAUGGUGCUGAAGAGAUAGGCGGUGGUCUGAGAUUAUUCUGUUGAUACGUAGUAAAGUUACACGCCCUAUUGGAUGAUCGCAUUAGGGAACGUCUUCACAACCUGAAACGCAUUCACUUCCUCUUCCCUAAUUGACGGUUUGCUUUAGAUUGACACUAACUUACGGAAAAAUCUAACUUUUGUUCCAUUUAAAAAAUACAAUAUUUUUCUUGUACAAAUAUUGACAGUAUUAAUCUUAUUUUUGUAUUUUCUUACAUGUUAUACCAUUACUGUAUGUUAGUAUACUUAUAGGCAUAUUACAUAAGACAUUAUUUUUUUUCCCCCCUCAGAUGUGAAAAGCACAUGUUUUCCUUUCCUACAGAGUUGAACUACACCAUAUAUCUAUACAGAUUACCAAAUACGCCAUGCUAAACACUAAAACAUUAUUGUAUGUUGGGGGUAUUUUCGAGCCCUUGUUUCUUCGGUUUCUAUGGCGAUGGGCUGUAUUUAAACGCCCAGAAUGUUAACUUUUUGUGAUGUUUGCGGAUGCCAAUGUUGCCUGUAUUUAUGAAAUGACACCAUGUUUUCUGAAAACUAACAUACUUACCAUGUUUACAGAGAAUUGUUUGCUGUAUAUACAUAUAAAUAUAUAUCUUUUUAUAGUUAAUGUGCUUUGCACAAUCAAGAUAUAGGGUUUGUUGCUUUUUGUCUGUGUUAUCUCCCAAACUGUUGCAGCCUUUUUUAAAGACAUCAUUAAAGACCUUGGACUGUAACUGUUAGCUUCUCAGCUGUGUCAAAUGGUUUACUAGUGGCUUCUACAAAAAAGAAAAAAAAAAAAAUGUUGCCCUGAUAGAAGAUAUGAAGGGGGACUGCUUGGCUUAUGUUGCUUAUUGUUCUCUUGAGCUGGCAACUGAAUCUUUCCAAGUGUACCAGCAAUGCAAAAAAUGAAUAAAAAUGACUAGCAAUUCAA